UACCAGUUACUCGAUUCGCUCAUUGUAGUAAAAUUUCUACUUAAAAUUCUAAAAUAUAUUUGUUCUUUUGCUAUAAACUGGUUUAUAAAACCAAAUUUACGUUAAGUUCAUUAUCUAAGUGAUUUGUGAGUGUCCAGCAUCAAAUCUUACAUCAACAGCCCAGGAUUCGGAAGAGAAGGUCCAAUAUGCAGCGACGGCCGAUACCUGCAAGAGAAGAGCGAGACCGCCGAGUUCGCGAACGCAUGGCUCAGGAGCCGGGGAGAUUUCGCGACGAGACUCAUUGCCGCACUUGGAUGCGCCGGGAGCGCAAGAACGCUUAUCUGGCUCAACUUGCCCGCAUGGGGUUACCAGCCCCGCCAUCUCGUCUUCGCACGCCUAGGCCAGAUCUUCCGCCGCCACCUGCUCCAGUCGUUCCGGCCACUUCAGCAAAGGAGUUGUUGCCGUGUCAUCUUGUGGUCGCGAAGAAACCCCGACAGGCAGCCCGAUGCGUUGGGCAAAACAUUGCUCAUUGUCCCGAGCUGUAGAGCAGACUGGUCGCCCCUCGGUGGCUAGGUUCGUCGAGCCAGGUUACACCCCUCCUGCUCGCCCAAGUUCAUCAACAGCUGUCACUAAAGCUCUGAACCAGACCCGCUGGGACCUAUUGCAAGCUCCAGAUGAAGUUGAUCCAGAGGUUGAAAAAUUGGUGGCACCCGUAGCUGUUCCGGAGGUGGUUUAUAUUGAACCAAUGCAGGAAAUUACUUCCCCCAAAUUGGACCACGAGGAGGAUCCACUUGCCUUGGUUGACAUGGAGGUCGACGAGCAGCCCGAGGAGUCUUCAGAUG